GUUCACCACGUGUAGCUGCAACACAGUAGACACGCCUCCUUUUCUCAACUUGCUCUCUGGACUACGGCUCUCCUUUACAAAGUUGAAUCUUGCAAUGGCUCUUCAGAUAAACAAAGUGUUGAUCAGCGAUGCUGUGGAUGCAUCGUGUCGGGAGAUAUUGGAGGGCGCGGGAGUGGCUGUAGACUACAAGCCUGGCCUCAGCAAGGAAGACCUACUGCAGUGCAUCAAGGAGUAUGAUGGUCUGAUAGUCCGCUCAGCCACAAAGGUCACCGCAGAGGUCAUUGCGGCUGGAUCACGCCUUAAGAUGAUUGGACGAGCUGGUACGGGAGUGGACAACAUUGACCUCGAGGCAGCCACAAAACAUGGAAUCAUUGUCAUGAACACUCCAGGGGGCAACACGAUCAGUGCAGCUGAGUACACAUGUACCCUCAUGUGUUCCCUUGCCAGGAAUGUGCCUCAAGGCUAUGCCACCAUGAAGGCUGGACGAUGGGACCGCAAGAAGUUCAUGGGAGUGGAGCUGUGUGGCAAGACUCUGGCUAUAGUGGGGUUAGGGAGGAUUGGCCGGGAAGUGGCCGGGAGAAUGCAGGCAUUUGGAAUGAGGACGAUUGGGUACGAUCCUAUAGUGUCUGCUGAAGAGGCUGCACAGUUUAAAGUUGAAUAUCUGGAGCUUAAGGACAUUUGGCCUAUAGCUGACUUUGUGACUGUCCAUACUCCACUCAUCCCAGCCACUAGAGGUUUGAUGAACGACAAAGUGUUCUCUGAGUGUAAGAAAGGCAUCCGUGUCAUCAACGUAGCCAGGGGGGGUAUUAUCGACGAGGGGGCGCUGCUACGAGCCCUGGAGAGUGGGCAAUGUGGGGGGGCAGGAUUGGAUGUGUUCACAGAGGAGCCCCCUAAAGAGUGGGCGUUGGUUGAUCAUCCCAACGUUGUGGCCACUCCUCAUCUUGGAGCUAGCACUGUCGAGGCUCAACUCAAAGUGGCCCAGGAAAUUGCACAAUCGUUUGUGGAUGCUCGCGCUGGAAAACCUCUGUUUGGAAUAGUCAAUGUUCCAGAGUUAUCCAAUGCCUUGAACCCAGACUCCUCCCCCUGGGUAGCCCUCACCUCGCGUCUGGCCCAACUCCUCCAAGCCAUAUCUACUAAUAAUAUCAAGAGCAUCAAACUUUGUCUGACAGGUCCCAACAUGAAAGGAAGGAGUCGAUUCUUGACCUCUGCUGCCCUAGUUGGUUGCCUUGACAAUGCUAAUCUGGUAAACGCUCGUAGCUUGGGCCGUGCUGCUGGUGUGGAGGUGACCGUGUGCCUGUGUGAGGGGGCGGAGGGGGUGUCCUUAUCCUGUGUGGGUGGUGUGAGUGUAUGUGGGACCGUGUUGGGGGGUGCUCCUGUUCUAACAGGACUCAAUGAUGUCACCUUCAACCUCGUCUCACUAUCGGGGACGCUGGUGAUUACCAAGGCAACGACCCUGGUUGACCUCAUUCCGAAACUGUCCCAAAUCAACUCAGUAACACAAAGUGGUGAUGUCAUUGUGGCUAAUGUUUCGGCUGCCCCCAAGACCACACCCCCUGGUUGCCUAGCAACAGUGACUCUGAAUUGCUAGAACUCUGAAUUUAGUUUGUCUUACAACAAUUUGCUGAUUUGUGAUAAUUUAUUAUUAUGCAAUAAUGAUGA